AUGCCGUACUUUCGGUCGCUAGGAGUCAACGUCCCGGUCGUGCUAUGUGCGAACAAAAGCGAUCUCAGUCCUGCAGGCACAAGUACGGCUCAGAUCGUGACGGACGAGAUGCUGCCAGUCAUGGCAGAGUUCAAGGAGAUCGAUAGCUGUAUCCGGACGAGCGCGAGAGAACAUCACAACAUCAACGAGGUGUUCUUCUUGUGUCAGAAGGCCGUCACGCAUCCGAUAGCGCCGAUUUAUGACUCGAAGGAGAGUAACCUGAAGCCUGCAGCUAUGCAAGCACUAAAGCGGGUGUUCUACUUGUGUGAUAAGGACCGAGAUGGGCUGCUCAAUGACAAGGAGAUUCACGACUUUCAGUUCAGAUGCUUCGAUAAGCAAUUAUCGGAAGCAGAUCUUACGAACAUCAAGCGGUCGAUUCUUAAUAGGAUGUUUGCGGAGAAAGGUCGACAUGAGACGAUUUGGAUCAUCCUGCGGAAGUUUCAGUAUUCGGACAGUCUGAGCUUGAAGGACACAUUUCUGCAUCCCAAGUUUGAUGUGCCAGCCUUUGCGUCCGCAGAGCUCAGUCCGUCAGGAUAUCGCUUCUUUGUCGAUCUCUUUUUACUACACGACCAGGACAAUGAUGGUGGUUUGAAUGACACUGAGCUGGCGGCACUGUUCGCACCUACACCAGGAUUGCCAUCAUCCUGGGUGGACUCGGCAUUCCCGAGCUGUGCUGUGCGCAAUGAGGCUGGCUACAUCACGCUGCAAGGAUGGCUCGCGCAAUGGAGUAUGACGACGUUUGAGGAACCAAAGACAGCCUUGGAGUAUUUGGCAUAUCUCGGGUAUGAGUCACCAGACGGCAAGGGCACCACUUCUGCGUUGAAAGUGACAAAAGCUCGUAAGCGGCGUAACAGGCUUGCACGAGUGGAGCGCAACGUCUUUCUCUGCUAUGUCCUAGGAGCGCCGCAUAGUGGCAAGUCAACGCUACUGAAUGCGUUCUUGAACAGACCAUUCAGCAGCACAUAUCAUCCAACGAUCAAACCACAAACCGCGGUCAACAGCGUUGAACUGCAGGGUGGCAAGCAGUGCUAUCUUAUCCUCGAGGAGCUUGGGGAGCUCGAGCCAGCAAUUCUGGAGAAUCAAGCGAAGCUCGACGCCUGCGACCUACUCUGCUAUGCCUACGACUCUAGCGAUCCGGACUCCUUUGGACACAUCCUCGAGCUGCGGCAGAAAUAUCCAGCAUUAGACGUCCUACCAUCAGUCUAUACAGCUUUGAAAGCCGAUCAAGAUCGUGCCGUCCAGCGAACCGAGACACAGCCGGACGCCCACUGCGAAGCGUUGAAGAUGGCAAAACCGAUGCACGUCUCAGUCAAUUGGACCUCAAUCAACGACUUCUUUGUGCACUUGGCCGAGUGUGCCACAUAUCCUGCUCAAGCAUUCCCGAAAAGCGAAGAGGAACCCGUGGAUCGCACCGCGCUGUACAUCGCUUUGGGUGCGACAAUUUGCGCAGGGGUGGCAUUUGCGUGGGUGUGGAAGCGAAAUGUUAUGGGUAGUAAUGGCUGA